GGGUUGGGAGAGAAAAAUGUGCGGAGCGUCUCUGCGGCGGGGCGACCUCCACUCUCCCCUCUCCCCUCGCCCCCCCUUUCAUUCCAGACCUCUUAGACGUCACCUCGGUGAACCCCGACUUCCCGGUGUCGGAUCCCACCGUCUUUCAGAAGCGUUACCUGAAAAAGAUUCGGGAGCUGGGGGAGGGUCACUUCGGCAAGGUGAGCCUCUAUUGCUACGACCCCACGAACGACGGGACGGGGGAAAUGGUGGCUGUCAAAUCGCUCAAAUCCGGCUGCAGCCAGCAGCUGCUGACCAGCUGGAAGAGGGAGAUCGAGAUCCUCAAGACUCUUUAUCACGAAAACAUCGUCAAAUACAAGGGUUGCUGCAGCGAGCAGGGAGAGAAGAUCGUGCAGCUGAUCAUGGAGUACGUCCCCCUCGGCAGCUUGCGAGACUACUUGCCCAAGCACAACGUCAGCCUGGCCCACAUCCUGCUCUUCGCCCAGCAGAUCUGCGAGGGCAUGGCCUAUCUGCACUCCCUCCACUACAUCCACAGGGACCUCGCCGCCCGCAACGUGCUGCUGGAGAACGAAAACACGGUGAAAAUCGGGGAUUUCGGUUUAGCCAAAGCCAUCCCCGAGGGCCACGAGUAUUACCGCGUCUGCGAGGACGGGGACAGCCCCGUCUUUUGGUACGCCAUGGAGUGCCUCAAGGAGUGUAAGUUUUACUACGCGUCCGACGUCUGGUCCUUCGGAGUGACGCUCUACGAGCUCCUCACCCGCUGCGACUCCGGCCAGAGCCCUCCCGUGAAAUUCAUCGAGAUGAUCGGGGCGACGCAGGGGCAGAUGACGGUGCUGCGGCUGAUUGAGCUGCUGGACAGGGGGAAGAGGUUGCCGAGUCCCAAGGACUGUCCUUGCGAGAUCUACCGGCUGAUGAAGAACUGCUGGGAAGCGGAGGCUUCCUUCCGCCCGGCCUUCCACAACCUCGUCCCCAUCCUCAAGAACUUCCACGAGAAAUACCGGGCUCAGGCUCCCUCCGUCUUCAGCCUCUGCUGAGCCGGGAUGGCGGACGAGGCGGCGGAGAGGUUGGGGGGGGGACAGACACACGCUCACCCCCGCCCCCCCCCCUCCGCUCCCCAAAACACCGUAGCCGGUUUUCCCGGCGGCGUUUCGGCACGGGGUAAGGAAACGUCGGGUUGGCGAGGUGGGCGUGCGGCAGAGCAGCACU